AUGAACGAAGCGCUAGAUGAGAGUCACAUGGAAGUGUUGAAGCAGAUUAUACCGUUUAUACUGAACGUGUCACAUUAUAUGACUGAUUUAUCGUAUCUUUUGUACUAUAUUAACGUUAAUUUUGCGAAUGAAUUAAUUGAAAUUCAACAAAAGAUAAUUGGCAAGAUAUUAGAACUGAGAAUAACCUUCAAGAGGAUACUGGAACUUGACUUCAGUAUGGAAUCCAUAAAGUUUUUCAAAGAUUUGAUUACCGUCGAUUUAAAUGUUAUUAAUGAUAUAUUAACGAUUAAUGAUGAGAUGAAACGAUAUCUAACCGAUGCAAAAUUGGACUUACAACUAGAUAACUGUUUAAUUGGGUUUAUAAACUUGACUAAUUUCAUUAAGAAGAUCCCUGCAUCUUCCAACGAGAAAGUUACUAUGGUAUUCAGUGAUAUAAUCAAGAAUGAAUUGUUGGAAUCAUGGAAGUUUGAAUUGAAUUUACUUAAUUGUAAAAUUUUCAAGAUGAUUUGUUCCAAUGAACGUAUAAUAAACUUGUAUAAAGAAUCAAAUCCCGAAGAUGAUAAGAUUAAUGACUUCUCUAAAGGUGACAACUUCAUAAAGCUUAUAAAUUGGCUGAAAGAUAAUCAAGUAUUUAAUCAAUAG